AGGAAUCAGCUAAAACGUUUUAUUUACGUUAUUUACGUCUGAAUUCUGUGAUAUGUUUUAUCCAAUGUGAGAUCCACUGGUGACUAGAUUAAACGCGAAUUUUAUGAUUAAAAUAGUUGCAACACUUUAAUGAAUUGUGUCAGAUGUAGCUAGUGGCUGCUUCCAACUUCACCAUGUACCAUUUUUAUUGCUCAAAAAACAGACGCAACAUUGGAAAACUGGAUGAAGCGAAUUAAGAAAGAGGAUUUGUAGAGGAUAACACACAUUUGUUGUUGUUUUCUUAUGAAUAUUUCUCCAGGCUAUCUAGUUUCAUAAUAAUAUAGGAGCAAGAUAUGUUAUGAUAAUAUCCAAUGUGAGCUUAAACAUUUAUUAUUGAAAUUGCAAUCAUACAAAAUGGCACGCUGUAUCCAGAGUGCACAAGAGUUUAUCAUUGGGGCGUUUCCAGCUAUGGUUGGUGCACUUGCCAGUGAAGAUGCAGAAGCAAUUUGUCAGAAAAAUGACCUGUCUUUCGUAGAGCUGAUUCGACCAUUUUGCCAGUUAGGUGAAGAAGUGCAUAUCCAUGAUCCUGUCAACCCGAACAUAGUUAUUUCGGUAAGAAAUUUAAAGAUGCGAGUGAUUGAUAUUCAAGCUUCACUGCCGCCUCCUGUUUUAGUAAAUCGAGUUUUGACAGAAGUUGUCAACAAAUCUGUCCAUACAGUGGAUCUUAACUCCAGAGUGUCUGUUGAGAAGCAAAUUAAUGCAUCCACACCGUGGUAUGAGGCGUAUAGAGAUUGUUUUUUUCAAUUAAUUCAACCAAUGAACCAUGAAUUUUUACGAGAUUAUUUAGCAUGCAUUUUAGUUGUCUCCACGAAACAUCCUGAUCCGAUGAAUGCAUUUGCAGCACUUAGUACUAAACAAAAUAACAUACAACACAGGACAGAAAAAUCGAAAGGAUACAAUUGGUUUAGCGUUAAUACUUUCAAAUACUACCUGCUUCUCCACGACAUUUCUGACGGAGAAGAAGCAAAAGCUGAGGCAGUGUAUCAAAGCAUGAAGUCGGUAUAUGGCUCUCACACUUGCUUUCUUUUGCAAAUAAAUUCAAGACAACAGACGCAUCCACACUUUGCAGAGGAAAAUUUCUCCGAUCCUUGGAGUCAGCACAUUUACCCUUUCUCAGAUGAAACUCUGGAUAUUGAUGAGGCGGACUUGGAAACAACUACUAAACCAUCUGGACCCAUCACUAAUCAAAAAGAUGCUGAUAAAAAAGAAGAAGCUAUAGUAAAUGAGUUGGAAAGCAUUGAAAAACAACUUGAAGAAAAUCAGGGCAGCCCUCGCUCUUUAAGUUUUAAUGAUCCACUAACAAGUAUGCAUUACAAUGACACGCUAGAUGACGAUAUCGAAGAGGACGCUUUUGGACCUUUAAGCUCAAAAAAAAAUCUACAGAACCAACCUACUCGCCCAAGAAAAAUAUCUGAAAGGACGUUAAAACUGCAAGAGUAUAAAAGGAGUCUUGGACAGUUUUCGUACCGAAUGGUUAGUGGGGGCUCGCCUCAUUCUAGAAAAGAGCGUGGACACUGCAUGACUCUUGCAGAUCAAAAUAAAAUAAAAGAAUUUAUCUAUGAAUUUGCUGUUCGUGGUUUGUUACCACACAUAGAGAAACUUAUGAGGAGCAUAUCAGAACAGUUAUUGGCACGUCGCGGCUUACAUAAAUCAAUAUUUAAUGCGACCAAGAAAUGGUUUGGUAGUAAUAAAGCACAAAAUACUGUAGGCCAGUUCAGUACUGGAUCAAGUUAUAAUGCAGACUCAACGGAAUUGCAAUAUCGAAGAAUUGGAGAUUUAUCAUUUCUAGUGCAGCAUUAUGAGCUGGCAUAUAAUUCUUAUCAUUCUGCUAAACGAGAGUUUAAUAAUGACCAUGCGUGGUUGUAUUUUGCUGGAGCUUUGGAAAUGUCUGCAUUAUCAGCUUUUAUGCAAGGAACCCGACCAUAUCCUGUCCAUUAUUUUGAAGCUUGCGUUUCAACCUACUUAAAUACAUGCAGACUUCCACAGUUGGCCACGAGAGCUUGUUUAAUGAGUACUGAAGCUUUAAAGGCAACUGAGAAAUAUCCAGAGGCGGCUGUUGAAUAUAUCAAACUUACAAAUGAAGUACAUGAAGAUUCAGACUUACGCAGUGCAUUAUUGUUAGAGCAAGCAGCUCAUUGUUAUCUCCAUAAUAAUCAGCCAUUGAUACGAAAAUAUGCAUUUCAUAUGAUUCUAGCUGGUCAUAGAUAUAGCAAAUCAGUUCAGAGAAAGCAUACACUUCGAUGUUACAUCAAUGCACUUCAAGUUUAUGAACAAAAAGGGUGGCAUUUGGCAGAGGAUCAUGUCAACUUUAUCAUUGGAAGGCAAUCGUUUAAUUUGGGAAACCUAAAUGAUGCCCAACUGUCACUCAAGGCUUUGUUAUCUUAUGAAAGCCAGCAACCACCUUCCCAGCAAGCAGCACAUUUAAGAGAAUUUCUAGCUGUGUUCAAGCAAAAUCUAGAAUCAAAGAAAACGAAAAACCCUUCAUCAGCUGAAAAACUUCCUAUUUUACAACUACCUGUGAUAGAUUGCCAAGCCACCAGAUGUUUACUUUACAUGCAAGACCAAGUUAUACCUGUAACGCCAAGUACAACAAGCACUUCAACAUCCAGGCGAUCCAGGACGGUUUAUGCUGGCUCAUACACAUUCCAAAAAAACUUUUCCAAAUCUUUUAUAAAGCGCUGGGCCGAAUUAGAAAAAAAAGUUGUUCAAUUUGUGACUGGCGAUUUACCGUAUCCUUUUAAACCAUACACACCUUGUCUUUCUGUACACACUGACAAUAGAUCAAAAGCAUUCAUAGCAGUUGGAGAACAAUUUGCAUAUGAGAUCCAGUGCUCAAACCCUCUGAAGAUCCCAUUAAACUUGUUACAGUUAUCUUUAUUAUGGGAAUUUCAAACAUCUUCUGAAGAUAGUGCGGUUAUAACUAAUAAAGAAAGUGAACAACCAGAUUAUAUUUGGACUGAAGUGAUUGAUAAUUUUCAGAUUAAACCAGGAGAGAAGAAACCAGCAUGUUUACGGUUGAUAUCGAAAACCGCAGGUCACGUUAGAAUAAUGGGGAUUAAAUAUACAUUAAGUAGCAUUGGAGUUAUAAGUUCUGUUGAUGAAUAUGGUAAAUCGGAAUUAAGCAUGCAUCAGGAAGGUAUUUUGAAAAGUGUUGGUAUACUUGGAAUGCAAUCAAUUGAUGUAAAAGGACCGAGGCUAAAUGCCAAUAAACAACAGAAAUCUUCUGUUGUUUAUGGUGUUGAUAAAAGAUUAGAAACAUGCAUUCUCCCAGUACUGCCAUUAUUAGAGGUAAAAAUGAAUGAUCUACCAGUUACGCUGUUAUGUGGUGAAGUGCAAAAAGGAUAUUUUCAAUUUAAAAAUGUUGGACAAGUCCCAUUAAAGAAUCUCCACUUGGCUUGCAGUCGACCACAGUGUUUUUCUUUUGGAAACAACACCAGUUGCCAAACCGAUCAAAAAGACAGUUGUGAGAAUUCUGGGAAUAGAAAAUUCAGUAAUAGUUGUUAUAAAAUACCACAAGACUAUUUGACAAAGGAUAAUAGUGUAGUAAAAAUUCCGUUAGAAAAUAAUCGUUUAGCACAUGGUGAAGAAAUUACUUUGCCAGUGUUCAUGUAUGGUCUAGAUACGUCAGGCGUACAUGAAGUGGACUUUCUUUUUUAUUAUGAACCUGAAGAAAGUAUCACAGAAGUACCAUACAGGUUUCUUCAGCAGAUGAUACGUUUACAAACACUAAGUACACUCAAUUUACUAACAACUAGUCAUAAAACGAAAUUGUUGCAAGUUUCUAAUAAAGAUGAAAUCACAGUGGAUCGAACGGAUAGUGAAUCUAAGGAACAGCUGCUUGUCUCUUUAACAAUAGAAAAUAGAGCUCAAGGUUCUUUGAAUUUACGAUGUGUUGAGUUCACAUUAAAACACUUGCAAUGUUACAGUUCAAAAUGGAAAGUAGAAAGUCUAGUAAACCUACCAAUCGAAACUUAUCGAUUGCGACCUGGUGAAACAUGUAACUUACAUUUAAAGGCAAUUGCAUCAUCAAAAAAUAAUGACUUAGAAGCUUGUGUUUCAACAAUACCAUUAGGUGUAUGUGAUCAGAAUGUAGAUGACACACCAUUAUUGGACUUAUUCUUGAAAUCACCAGUGAAUGCACAAGCAGUCAUCGACUCAUUAGGUCUUAUUUUAUUCUGGGAGACAUUUUACAUUGAUGAAGGUUUCACACGUAAUGUAAUUAUGGGUCAAAGUCAUGCAACACUUCCUAAAUCAAAACAGUAUUUGGAAAAUUAUACCAUAGCGGCUCAUGCUGUUGCAACACAAACACUGUCUGCAAAAGACCAUGUCAGCGUUUCGUACGAAUAUACUGCUAUUGUAAAACAUGACUUCACUAAAAACAGUAUUUGCAUUGUUCCAGUGACUGUAAAAUGUUUCAACAUGAACAAUGAAGAAGUUGAAAUUGAAAUCGAGACUAUUGAUUUAUAUGACGAUAAUAGCCAAGUUCCUGUACAAGCAUCUAGUCUUAUUCAGUGGGUUGGCAGACGAGAAGGAGCCUUUACAGUUUCUGAAAAUUCAGAUAUAGGUAUUGUUGUCAAUGCAAUGUUGACCACUGUUGGAAUAUAUGAGAUUCAAAACAUUAAUGUUUAUGUAAGAAGUAGAAACUCGAAUGGUAAACUACAAAAAAUAGCUUUAGUGUUACCUAAAUCGCAUUACAUCAUUGUUGAAGAUGUUGCAGUCAUGUAAUUAUUUAGAAUUGUGUAUGUUUUUUAUAAACAACGGUUUGUUAAAGGCUGAGGCUAAGAUUUCGCUCAAAUUUAAGUAGCUGUAUCAAGCAACUUGUCUACCUGAAAAUUUAUGAAGUCAGGUAACCAAGGCUCAAAUCUGGAUAAACAACUUAUACAAAAAAACAUUUAAAAGAAAAACAGUGUUUUUUCUAAUAAAUAAUUUCAAUGUAAAGUCUUUGUUUGAAUGUUGUGCUCUUCAAAUUUUUAUCUAUUCUAAGAAAUCACAACUUUGCCCUUAGCAGCUAAAGGUGACAUAAAAAUAGAGUUGCUUAUCAAAAACUACUAUCAAUGCUUUCUUAUUUAUUGAUUUAUAAUUUUAUUGAAUCAUAGCAACCUUUUCUAGUUCAUUUUAUUUCAUGGUGUCAAUUUUUUUGCCACAAUGAAAUGCUGUUUUUCUGUUCGUUGUUAAAAACUUGUGUUUCAUGUCGGUAAUUUAUAUUUGUUUUGCGACCAUAUGCUCCAACACACAAACAAUAGUUAAAUUUAAAUAAGAGCACAACCUUUGUAAGUUCAAGUAACAUCCAACUUGAAUAAUGAUAUAAAUUAAAUAAAAAUUAAGAAUUUUAAUAUACACGUUGUUGUUCGCUGAAAGGCUGCAAAUCAAACUGCAAAUUCCCUCCUUUCUCGUGCUUAUCAAUAUCAAAACAUUGUUAAUUGAAGCUGUGUAUUUAUUUUCAUGAUAUAACAUUGGAUAAUCAUAAUGUUGAAGUAUUGUUCACAUGCCGUCAUUUUGUCUGUUUUUAAACUUGAGGAAACAAACAUCAGUUGUGUAUAAAUGAUCAGAUUUGUUGUCAUAGAUAGUGUUCUUUAGAAUAAUUUGAUAUAGAUUGUUGAAAUAUUUUAUAUUUCUCUACCAGAAAUUUUGGCCAUUAUACAUUGAAACAAUUGUAGUAGCAAUUUUUUCAUUAAUCUUUCUGAUAAUUUUGAGAGUAUAUAAAAAUUAUUUUGUAAUUUUUUGUUUAUUUUAAUCAUACUAUGAUAUAUAAUUUAAUUUUAUAGCUGUUA